AACCAUUGCAAUUUACAAUUGUAUGCACAUGUAGAAUCAACAAUAUGCUUAUGCACUAAAAUAAGUAUUAGUAGAGUAAUUAUGUAAAAGUCUUCAAAGCGUGUUUUCCUACCGGCAUGUCACGGUUUCAAGAUUCAGUUGUAGCAGGUAUCACUGCUUCUAUUCGAGUAAAUACUGGAUCAUUCAAUGGCGGGAGUUUCUUUGGUUUCUUUGGUUAUAAAUCUCCUCGUCGCCAACUUGUUCUUGGACAUUGCGGCGCUGAGAGCAGAUGUGGAGCCGACAAAUGUGUCCGGUAGCGUCUUGCCUGUCGAUCCACGCCGCGGUGAAAGUCUCCGUUUUGAUGGAAUCGGAGCGCUCAGCGCGGGAGGCACUAGUCCCCUACUGCAGCGCUACGAUCCGACGCAUGCUUCUCAAAUACUUGACUACCUUUUCAAACCCAGCUUCGGUGCGUCCCUGCAAAUGCUAAAGGUGGAGAUCGGCGGCGACUCAUUGGCGGGGUGCGGCGCCGAGAGCAGUCACAUGCACACGGACAACGUGUCACGCGUAGACUACAGCACUGGCUACGAGUGGUGGCUGAUGGUGGAGGCCAAGAAGCGCAACCCCGACAUCAAACUGUACGGCCUGCCCUGGUCCUUUCCUGGAUGGCUGGGCACGAAAAGUCCCUAUGCCAAUCCACAGCUAACCGCACAGUACAUUGUUAAAUGGCUGGAGGGUGCCAGGCAUAUCUACAAUCUCACCAUUGAUUACAUCGGUGUAUGGAAUGAGCGCCCAUCGAAUUCAACUUACGUCCAAGUUCUCCGGAGCGCCAUGGAUGCCGCUGGUUUCAAGCAGACGCAAAUCGUGGCAAAGGACGGUGGCGCUGACAUCUGCAACAGCAUGGCUACCGACAAAGCGUACGCCGAUGCUGUGGACGUUAUUGGUCUCCACUACCCGAGCGAUUUCUCAAACUUCUCGCUGUGCCACUCGUUCAAUAAGCCGUUCUGGGCCAGCGAGGAGUCGAGUAGCUAUGACGACGCCAACGGUGCGGCAUGCUGGGCUCGUGUGAUCAACUCGCACUGGGUGCUGCAGCAGAUGACGUCCAGUAUUAUGUGGAACUUGGUCGGCAGCUACUACCACGGCACCAACUGGUAUGCGGAGAGCAUGAUGACAGCCGACCAGCCCUGGAGUGGUCACUACUGGGUGUCACCCGUCAUCUGGGCCACAGCGCAUGUCACCCAAUUCACCAAGGUCGGAUGGAGGUACCUGAAAAACAGAGCGGGGUCGGGUCUCCUUCCCCUGGGCGGUUACUAUGUGACCUGGGUCGACCCUGACGGUCCAGACUUCACCAUCGUGGCUGUGAAGAUCUCGUACGAGCACGCUCCCUGCAUUCGGCCACACUUACCAAGGUUCAAUACGAGCGCAGAGACAGUCACGUUUGAGUUGACUGCAAGCAUGGGCCACAUUCAAAGCCUGCAGGUCUGGUACUCAAACUUCGAAGAUGGCCCUCCGCACACUCUGUUCGAAAAGCAAGCCAACGUAGCAGUGGUGAAUGGCAAGGUCAACCUGCACAUACCAGUCGGUGGAUACUUCACACUGAGUAGCCUGAAAUCAGGGGAGAAGGGAUCAUUUCCGAAUGAGAAGACAUCUGCGCCAAAUCUCCCCUUGCCGUACAAGGAAUCGUUUGACGCGGAUCAGAUUUCCGGGACGGCAGGAUACUUUGCAGAUCAGAUAGGGAUAUUCGAGGUCCACGCGGCAAGCUCGCAGGCUGGCGCUCACAAGAACGUCAUGCGGCAGAUGGUGCCUCAGACGCCAAUCGCGUGGCAAGGUUGGGGCGACACUGGCCCACUGACAGUGCUGGGAAUGCGUGAGUGGCAGGAUGUCACCGUCAGCAUCGACUUCUACGUGUCCGAAGAGCUGGUGGUGCACGCAAUGCCCUGCGUCGCGACCCGCUCAGACCAGAAGUGGCUCUACGCCGUUGCACUAUGUGUGAAUGGGACAGGGUGGACGCUGAGCAACCGUGGACCGCAAUUGCAGGCUGACAACACACCCGGAAAUCCUCCAGCCACGAGCAUUUAUCAGAGCGGACCGUUACCAGCGGGCGUGAGCAUAGCAGGAUGGCAUGCCAUCACGCUCACUACAAUCACCACGCAAGCAAGCGGUACUCUCGACGGCCACGUAUUGUUUGCCAACGCCAGCAUUGGCAACGCUGACACGGGGUUUGUGGGAGUCGGUAUGAACUAUUGGUACCCGGUAGAGUUUGACAACCUGGAAGUGGAUGCUGCAGGGCCAAACUGGGAGCCGACGGCACCAUGUCACAGCAGCACCGCUGGUGACACCCUCGGCAGCCGCAAUUGCACCACGAAUGGCUUGAGCAGUCCGGAUCAAGAGUUUGACCUGCUGGCGACCUAUCAGCUGCGGCAUGCCCCCUCGGGCCUGUGUGCCACAGCCACAGCCCUUGCAGCCAGUGCGACAAUAACACUGGAGGAGUGCGACGCUACGAACAGCAACCAGACAUUCUUCAAUACCUAUUCCAAUAUCCGCAACAUGGUCACAGCCAUUGAAGCAGUCAACGGCCUUGUUCUAUCUGGCAGGUACAGCAAUGGUACUGUUAGCUUGCAAACACGGAAAGCAACACCGGGUUGCUGGACCGAGUGGGCGUACUUUCCAAACACACGGCAGCUGCGCAAUCAGUACACACGCGACGACGCUGCCGGGUACCCGCAAUGUCUGUCCACGUGCCCACAGUAGCGCACUACAUGCAACAUUCACUCUCAUCCAGGUUGCCGCUGUGGUUAAACUUUCAGAGUGAAAGAACUCAAACGUUCCGAGCAAUAACAAUAAUAAUUAUUACAUGGCAUGAACUAACUAAUAUUACUAUGCACGUUCUGCCAGGAGUAAUACUACAGCCCAAAACAAAAAUGCAGAUCCAUAUUUACUACCUUUCUGCCGGCUGUCAUGGAAGGUCGGUAGAUUAUCGUACCUAGUUCCGAGCCCCAUGCCGGUUACUUCUGUUCUAAUUUGAGCAUGCAAUCAGUGUCUGCUCUAGGAUUGUGGGACAGCUGGGUACACGUGUAGCCAUGCAGUCGGUCCUUUCAAAGUUCGAAAGUGUAAAGUACCAACCGGGUCACAGGUGACCCGGUACUAUUAUUUUCAACCGGGUCCAAGCGCCGCCCAACCGGGUGGAUUACCCGGCUCACCCGGCGCUGGAGCAGACACUGGCAAUGAU